GCUUUACACUUCUCAUGCUAACUUUAUCUUCCUCUGUUCGAAACCUUUUUCUGUUACCUAAUAAAGUCAACUUUUAGCAUUUAUGGUCUCUUUUUCCUUGGUCUCAAUUUUAUUAUUUAGAGUAAAUCACAUCUUGCUUCGAAAUUAAGCAAUCCAUGUCUCUUUUUUUUUUACUUUCAGAUCAGUAUUUAAUUGUAGCCUCUGUCUUUUCUUUUUGAGGAACUUAUGAUUUAGUCUUUUGUUUCAGUUCAUACAGUUCUUUAAGUUUGUUCUUGAUGGUGAUGUAAAAGCUCUUUAAUUUUGAAGACACUUCAUCAGAAUUUCUAUUUUUAGGAGGAUUGAGAAGAUCUCUCAAACAGCUGGCAAUCUCGGUGAGGCUAUGCUGGACAGUGAAGUGGUGCCAUCGUCUCUUGUGGAGAUUGCUCGGAUCCUCCGUGUAGCCAAUGAAGUAGAAGCUAGUAACCCCCGUGUUGCUUACUUAUGUCGGUUUUAUGCGUUUGGGGAGGCAUGCAAGCUUGAUCCCACAUCAAGUGGUCGUGGUGUGCGCCAGUUCAAAACUGCGCUUCUUCAGCGCUUAGAACAGGAGAAUGAAACAACUCUUGCACGAAGGCAGAAGAGUGAUGAUGCACGCGAAAUGCAAACUUUUUAUCAACACUACUACAACACAUCUAUCCAGACGCUGCUGGCAAAGCUGAUCGUGCUCAACUUAAAAAGGCAUAUCAAACUGACGCUGUUUCUCUUUGAAGUCUUAAAGAGUGUUAAUGUGGAAAUGGCUGAUGAGGUUUUGAAAGCUCACACAGGGGUUCGAGGAUUAAUAAAAGAAAUUUUGAAAAAAAAAAAAAAAAGCCCACACAGAGGCCGAAGAAAAAAUUCAAAUAUUAUGUGCCUUGGAUGACGAUGGUGAAGUUAUUGGUGGAUACCCAUCUCAACAACCAAUUGGAGUUAAAGCCUCCAAAUUGAAAGGGGGAAAUGUUGAUCAAACAUCCGUUCUUAUUUAUACUUUACAAGAAGGAAAUAGACAACUGUUAGAGCAACUGAAGAAGAUAAAUGCUCAAAAGCAGCGCUUUUUGGAUAUUCAAAAGAAAAGUUAUGCACUUGCAGAAUUUAAAGAAGAAAAAAAAAAUUCUAUUGCAGGACUUGAGUUCUAUACAAGAUCCCAAUAUUCGUGUGUAUCUGCAGGCUGAACAAACAAGGAUUAUUCAACAGCAAUGUGGUGAAUCUACUCUUUGAUCUACUUCUUUUGACAGUAUUUUAAGGAUUUUGGUGUAUCCAAAUGUGGUUUUACCAUAUUAUUAAUUUAGCGGUCUUCUUUGUGUUUAUCUUUAACUUUGCUACUCUUUAUCUAUUUUGAAUUUUCAAGUCAAUUUUUAUUUAA